UGUGAUGUUAGCGCUAUCGUCCGCGUGUACGUGCGGGUACACAGUUUACCCACGUGCACAGUGGGGCAGGAGUAUCUGCAAACACACGGAGAGCGGCUUUCACACAAUUCUACGACCGGCAGAAGCGGCAGUAGGGGUCGUAUCAACACACACCACCACCGCCGCCGAGGAACGUAGAGAGGUGCAACAACAGCUCGUCCAUAAAGAGGCGGAAGUAUACAAGGAAUUACAGUUGGCACCAGCGAAUCUGUCUGCGGUAUAUUUAGGCUUGGACAUCGUGUCGGCCCACGGUUUCUCUUACGACGGACUGUUUGUCACCUAUUUCGUUGAUCUGCCGCAACACUGGAGCACAAAGCAGAAAGAAAGGCUAUUCGGAAGAACGCAGAAAUGUCUCUUGGACAAUAAAUCGGCGCACUUCAGUUAUUGCACCGAUAUAUUGUUGCAUUACCCGUCGAAAGAGAUUCAACCGAGUGCGAAUAUAUCGCCGCUUUGGCCUCGUCUACUAUUCUCUGUGGCGUCUGUGGAUAGUUGGACCAGAUAUCGAAUAGAGGGAUAUGCAGCACUACCGUUGCCAAUGACGCCUGGCUCGUACGAGUUCACAAUCCCUACGUGGCGUGCAAAAGGAAAUUUCAUCGACGCAUUAAGACGAUUCUUCAUUGGCGGCUCUUACGAACUCGAGGACAUAACGUAUUGCGGUAUUCCAGCGGCGCACGAGGGUAAAAUUUUGGAUAAGUCAAAUCUGAAUGUUGUCUCUAGCGGGGAUAUCAAAGUCAACGUUAAUAUCGCUCAUCAAAACCGUACACUUGCGAAAUAUCUCGAUUAUCAAGUGGACGGCUCAAGUAGAAUAAGUACUGAUGCACUUAUGAACAGUGUUGAAAAUGUUCUUGAACAAUUUAAGGCGGCUAAAGAACGUAUGAUACAAAUAAGAGCGAUGAAUCCAUAACUAUAAGUUAUUCUAAACAA